UUACGACACAUACAGUAAGUUCACUUCAGCAAGGCGCCAGUGUGGAAAUUAGGACAAGGUCAUUAGGACACACACAGGGACGCACACAGGGCGCACAGGGCGAGUUUCCCUUUGAGACAGCGGCACGGCGGCACAAUGCUGAGCCAGGUCAGCAAAUUCUUCACAAGAAGACAAGACGAUUGAACUAGAAAAUCUUUCUCUGUCUUGUAGGACAAAUGGCCAAAGCAUAUGAAUUUAAGUGGAUGAGGUUGGUGCCUCAUUUUAUGCAAGAGGGGGAAUAUUUUGAUAGAUUUGAUGAGGAUCCAUUUGUCUUUGAGCCUCACUGCUUUUUUAAAGUGGAUGCCUUUGCGUUCUUCAUCAUGUGGAAAAGUGAAGGAAAGGAAGGUCAGGUUCUGGAGUUCUCUUUAAUCAACAGUAUUCGGAACACAAAUGUACCUAAGGAUCCAAAGAUCUUAUCAGCCAUUGAGAGCACUGGGAAGUCUGAGAGUGACUUGGAUGGGAGGAUCAUCUGCAUAUGCAGUGGCACCGAUUUGGUUAACCUCAGCUUCAUGUACAUUGUGGCACCUACCAUUAGCAUUGCAAAGCAAUGGACUGACAGCUUGCGGUUACUUAUUCACAACACCCGUACAAACAACGUGUGUCCCAUGACCUGUCUCAAGAAACACUGGAUGAAGCUGUCGUCUUUGACCAACGUGAGCGGAAAAAUCCCAGUCAGAAGCAUAACAAGAACUUUUGCUUCUGGAAAAACCGAGAAGGUUAUAUUCCAGGUGCUAAAAGACCUUGGUCUGCCUAGUGGAAAGAACGAGGAAAUUGAGCCUGAUGUUUUCACCUUCGAAAAGUUUUUCUCCCUCACUCAAAAGAUUUGCCCCAGAACUGACAUUGAAGCACUGUUCAAGAAUCUCUGUGGAGAUAAGAGUGAUUAUUUAAACAUGGACCAAUUAGUCAGCUUUUUAAAUGAAAACCAACGGGACCCUCGGCUUAACGAGAUCCUUUUUCCGUUUUAUGACCCCAAACGCGCAAGGCAAAUCAUAGAUACCUACGAGACUGACGAGAAGCUUAGAAUGAAAGGAAUGAUGUCGUGUGAUGGGUUUUGUCGGUACCUCAUGUCCGAUGAGAACGCUCCAGUGUUUCUCGACCGACUGGAGCUCUAUCAGGAGAUGGACCACCCACUUUCACACUACUUCAUUAACUCCUCCCACAACACCUACCUAAAUGGCAGACAGUUUGGAGGGAAGUCUUCUGUGGAGAUUUACCGGCAGGUCCUGCUCUCCGGCUGCAGGUGUGUGGAGCUGGACUGCUGGGAUGGAAAGGGAGAGGACCAGGAGCCAAUUAUUACUCAUGGCAAGGCCAUGUGCACAGAUGUGCUUUUCAAGGACGUUAUUCAGGCCAUCAAAGAAACUGCAUUUGUGACUUCUGACUUCCCUGUGAUUCUCUCGUUUGAGAACCAUUGCUCGAGACAUCAACAGUAUAAGUUGGCCCGAUAUUGUGAGGACAUUUUUGGAGAUAUGCUCCUUAAGCAACCUUUAGAAGACUUCCCAAUGGUGUCCGGACAGGCUUUGCCUUCACCAAAUGAUCUUAAAGGAAAAAUCCUCAUUAAGAACAGAAGAUUAAAACCUGAAGUUGAAAAGAAGCAACUGGAUCACUUCAGGAAGCAUAUGGAAGCUGGAGAGACGAUCGCUAUUAUGUCAGAGGAUGAGAAUGAGGAAGAUCCUGGCUCUGGAGAGCUCGCAGAUGAGGCUCACCCAGAACGGAUAUGUGGAAACCUCGUCAUUAGCCAGACGAAUAAUAGUGAAGGCAAUACGCUUGGGGCAAGAAAGGCUGGUGAAACAAAUGUGGCUGAUGAGCAAGCUUUGAUCCAGUCUUACACAUAUGUUGCAGCAACCACUAAUAUCCACCCGUACCUUUCUAGUAUUGUAAACUAUGCUCAGGCUGUGAAAUUCCAAGGUUUUGAGGAAGCUGAAGAGAAGAACAUCCACCACAACAUGUCUUCAUUCAGCGAGUCAGUAGGAUUGGGAUACUUGCGGACCAACGCCAUUGAAUUUGUCAAUUACAACAAGCGCCAGAUGAGUCGGAUCUACCCCAAAGGAGGCAGAGUGGACUCUAGUAAUUAUAUGCCUCAGAUAUUCUGGAAUGCUGGCUGCCAGAUGGUAGCACUGAACUUCCAGACCCCAGAUUUGGCAAUGCAGCUGAACCAAGGAAAGUUUGAGUACAAUGGGUCAUGUGGUUAUUUGCUUAAGCCAGACUUCAUGCGUCGGCCAGACCGCACCUUUGACCCUUUCUCCGAGACCCCUGUGGAUGGAGUGAUUGCAGCCACUUGCAGUGUCCAGGUAAUUUCAGGCCAGUUUUUGUCUGACAAGAAGAUUGGCACCUAUGUGGAGGUGGAUAUGUAUGGCCUACCCACAGAUACCAUUCGCAAGGAGUUUCGAACUAGGAUGGUGAUGAACAAUGGAUUAAACCCUGUAUACAACGAGGAACCAUUUGUUUUUAGAAAGGUAAUCCUUCCGGACCUUGCAGUGCUCAGAAUAGCGGUGUAUGAUGACAACAAUAAGCUGAUUGGUCAGAGGAUUCUCCCCCUAGACGGUCUGCAGGCUGGCUACAGACACAUCUCCCUACGAAACGAGGGCAACAAUCCCCUUACCUUACCCACCAUCUUCUGCAACAUCAUCCUCAAAACAUAUGUACCUGAUGGAUUUGGAGCCAUUGUGGAUGCUCUUUCUGAUCCGAAAAAGUUUUUAUCCAUUUGUGAAAAGAGAACAGACCAAAUGAGAGCCAUGGGCAUUGAAACGUGGGAGAUAGCAGAGGUGCCAAAUGACAGCCCGAAGAGAACUAAAAGAGGAAAGACAAAUCAUCCAAAGGCUGUGUCACCGCAGAAGAGUUGUGAUGCAUCAUCAGGACCAAAUCUGAACAUUUCCUCAAGAAAAGUGUCUCCUACACCUGUUAACAUGUCUCAAGUUACCACUGAUGACCUGAAACAGAUGAAGGCAUAUAUAAAGCUAGUAAAAAAGCAGCUGAAGGAAGUUAAUGCAUUGAUGAAAAAGCAUACAGAGACAUACGCUACAUUGCAGAGAUCACAUUGUUCUCAGGUGGACAAGAUGGCGACACAACAUGAAAAAGAAAAGCGGGUGCUGGAAAAGCAUUUAGAAAGGUGUAGCAAGAAAGUCAGUGAAUAUAACUUGGAAACCUGCGGGGAAAUAGAGAAGAGGAGAAAGAGCAUUACCGCAGACUACAAAACAAAGGUGAAGAAUACGGUCGCUGCUCAAGCAGACGAACUGGCUGAGAUGACGAAGACACACAGCGCUGAGGUCCAGGACCUCAGUGACCAGCAUGUGCUACAGCAGUGUGAACUCCUCAGAAAGUUGAUGCUAAUAACACAGGAACAGCAGACACAGCAGCUCACUUACCUCCAUGAGCGACAGAGUAAGGAGAUGAGAGCUAACCAAGCAAAGUCAUCAAUGGAGAACAGUAAAGCCAUCAGUCAAGACAAAAGCAUCAAAAACAAGGCUGAGAGAGAGAGGAGAGUUCGAGAACUGAACAGCAACAACACGAGAAAGUUUCUUAUAGAAAGAAAAAAGCUUGCCUUGAACCAAUCCAAAGAGCUUGAUCAGCUCCAGACAGUCCAGCGUGAACAACUAGAGCAGCUGGAUAAAUAUAAUGCUGAGCUCCUGAAGUCACACCUUUCAACAUCUCCGUGCCAUGGUGAUCUGUAAUGCUCUCAAGGUAAAUUAUUGGGGGGGGGGGGUGUAGAGGUUAAUUUUACUGAACCCUCUCAUUUUAAUGUUGUUUAUAGUACUAUUAAAAUAUCUCUGGAAUAUGAAUAUUAACUCAAUGCAGAGUUGCUGAGUACAACAUAAAGAUCUCUUGCUUUAUUGAACAGCAGUACAGUGAUCUACUCCAACAUACUCCGAAUUAGAAAUGUACAGUAGAUUUAUCUUUUAAAAAUUGUAUUCUUUCUUCUGCUUGUAUUUAAUAAUAACCCACAUUUUCAUCCUACUCUCACACUAAUAUAUGCACUUCUUUUUUUCUUUUUUUUUUAACAAUACAGACUUUUCUAUUAAUUUUUUUUAGCCUUUUCGACUCCUGUUUCCCCGAUCUUACGUCUGGUGGGUUUCCAUUGUUAGACAUGUCAUUGUCAAUGUCUCAUCCUUUAAAUACAGUGAUUCAGCAUGCACAUCUGAAAAUAAGUGUUUCAAAAUUUGUGAAGGGGAGGGGACACAGCAGAGAUUAUGAAUAUUUAUGAGACCACUUGCAGUCUUUAAGAGCCUGUGAGAAACUGUCUUGAGGAAUAGUAUGAAUUGUAGAAAGACUGAGAUUUUGGACGUACGCUUAUAAAGAUGAACCAUUUUAUGGUUAACUGAUUGUUCUGGUCAUUUUAAAAUGAAGUUUCUGACAAGCAUCACUUGCUGAAAGGCCGACAUUGGAGUGUGUCUUAGUCAGUAAGGUUUCUUCUGGGCUAGAUCGGCUCGUAAUCAUACAUUUCCGUGGGACAGAAUGACAUUUGUAACAACAUAGCCUCAAACAGAAUUCAGGAGAUGAUCACACUUGAUAUUUGCUACAGACUUCAAUCUACUGUAUUUUAAGAGUAACCCUGUAAUAGGCAGUUAAGUGUUGACAGUCAUCCAAAAUGCACUUGUUUUGAAUGAUUUAGACGUACCUUUCUUUAACCGAGUUUAUACAGGAGAAGUGUUUCCAACACUGAAAAGAACAGAAACUGGCCAAGAAAAAUGUGAGCAAUGAAAAAGGAAGACAUAUUUUUCAUAUUAUUUUUCUCAGCCUUUGUAUGGGGAAACAAGGUCACUGUGGUGCACACACAUUUCUGAUGUACGGUUAUUAUCCACUGCAUAACCCCCUUUCUCAAUGUAUUUGCAAUGUACCAUAAAUAAAAAUGCUUCUGUUGGUCAUAGAUGCACUGUCUGCAUUUAUACAGUGACCUUUUAAAAAUACAUUUAAAAAAAUUUGCUAUACCUGUUCAACUCUUUUUGCCAAUACAUAUCUGGAUUUAACAUAUCCAAUGAGCCUAGAAGUCUCUAGUGGACAGAUAAAACGCAGUUUGAAUCCCUCCUGUGAGCACUUGCAUUACAUUUGAGCGCUUGAGAGUUAAGGGCCUUGCUCAGGGGUUCAGCAGUGGCAGCUUGGUGGACCUGGGAUUCAAGCUCACAACCUUCUGAUCAGUAGUCCAACACAUUAACCACUAGGCUACUACAGUACAUGCCACGGGGAAGAACACUUUAUUGUUUAUGAUUUUAUUAAUGAUUAAUUAUGUCAUUCUUGUACUACAUUUAUUUUUCUGGCUGUAAUGCUCUAUCGCAUGUCCCUGUACAGGCUAUUUUAAAUAUUUCAAAUGCAAAAGUGAUUUGUGAUUAACAAAACAAAAAUGAACCAUAGAUGAGCUCCAAAAACCAGCUGAUUUUAGCUGCAAAAUUUCUGCUGUCUUAGCAUCACCAUAAUCCAUUAGCCUAACAUUGGAGAGCUCUGUUAUUAAGAAAAAUUUUUAAACAGUAUGCAAUGAAUACUUGUUUUGUGUCUUCUUUUGGUGCUGUCCAGGAUGUAUCAAGAUGCUUUUGUAUUCACUCUACAAUUGUUAUACUGUAUGGUCAGAUCACAAUGUGCAUUUAAACUUUUGAAGCUUUCCACUUAUGAUCAGAUGAGCCAGGAUGCAGGUCAAUGCCAGUUGUGAAUGUGGCCACAGAAUAAUUUAAAAGUAGUCUAAACUGACAACCCUUUUAUUAACUCUUAUCUUUUGUUUUGUUACCUUAACACAGGAAAUGUGAUUCUGCCCAGUGGAGAUCUCCCAUAUUAUUUUUGCUUUUUCAUAUAAUAACUCUAUGAGGCAAAGGUGGGCAGUGAGCAUGCUGCCAAGUGAUUGUGCAACACACCAAAAAAGAAAUCAAAAGAGCAUCAGUUUAUACUUUUCUAAAAAAGAAAAGAAAUUCCUUGUACCAAUAAAUUAAUUCAACUAAAAUGCAUAGAUUUGUGAUUGAGGACUGUAUGAAGUAUAUUUGUUGAACUGCUGCUGUACAGUAUAUGGUGCCUCAUAGACAAGCUUUUCCAGGCAAGUAUUUAUAGGGAUGAAUCAAUUUUUAACUUUUGUCAUUUGUAUGGCUGGAAUAUUUGUAUGUUGUAUACUACAUCCUUGAAUUGAAAUAUGCUUUUAUAUGUGAAUAAUCUGUGACCAUUCCUGUUCCUGAAUAAUGAAACAAUGUCAAAAAUGAUUAAAACUCAUUUUCUGUAAAGGCAGAAAAAGCCGAUAUUUGACAUCUACAAAAAAUAUAUUUCACCUUAAUCGCAGACAUUUUGAAUUUACUUUAUAAAGUUGCCUAUGCUUUGAGCCUAACUUGCUAACCAAGCUUGACUAAAUGCAAGCAACACUUUUAGACCGUGUGUUGCCUGUUAGUGGAUCUGAAAUAGAAUAUUUAAGUGCAAUUUUCUCCUUUUUCUCCUUUGCAAUUUUCACUUUUAUGUGAAAACUGUUGAAUGAAAUGCUUGAAAAAGUGAAAUAGUUAUUCUGAUAAAACAUGUACUUUUCAGAACUGCACAUAGAAUAUGUAAUAAUUUCACUUGAUGAAGGCUUUUCCUUAAGCCCCCAGACACAUUACAAUGAACACAAGUAACUUUUAGAUGUUUCAUAGUAAUUUAACCUUGGGCAUGUUCAUCGUUUUAUAAUAUUUUUGAAUAGCAACUGUAUAAACAUGAGGAAUGUGUGCUGUAUAUUGUUGAAAACAUGAAUAUGUGCUGUCGGUUUGAUUGGAAAGAAUCCCAUGAGAAAGAUAUGAAAAUAGACCAAAGUUUAAUAAAAUGGAUAUAAUUUUGCUGUUGAAUAUGUAACAUUUGUUUUAAACCAUAUCACAUCUGAGGAAAUUACAAGCAGUAAGGUUGUAAGGAGGCUUCAGAGAUGGAAUAUCAGGUGUAGCUGUGAGAAAUUUUCUUUUUUUUUCUUUUCUUUUUUUUUUGCAUUGAUUGCUUGAUUGAUUGAUUGACUCUACAGUAUAUAAAGCAGCACUAAUCAGCCUGCAGUCCUCCAGCCAUUAGCUUUAUUCUAAUAAGCUUGUUGCCCUGAGUUUCAUCAUUCAUUAUGCUUUUCUCCUCUUUAUGAAUUUUUUUUUCACAUGCUUCUGCUCAUGUGUGGAGGCAUAUGCCCCUUGAUCCGCCUGUUGUGUUCCGGUCAAUUUGACUGAUUUGCUGUUUUCAUCUCGUAACGAUAUAUAUUUUAUUUAUACAUUUAUUUUUUACAUCUGA